UCUACAUCUUCUACAGCCUCUUCCGGAGGGAGGCGGGUGGGGAAGGGGCGGUGGGGGAGUCCGACCCCCAGCCCCGGGACCCCCCCCCGGGACCGUUCCCAGGGCAGCGACCCCGGGGAGCCCCCACACCACCAGGCUCUGCCGGACCUGUGGACGGAGCUGACCGGCCCUGACAGUAGCUCUGACCAGUACUCAGAUGGAGGGGAGGGAGAGGAGGAGGAAGAGACGGCCGCGGGGGCUGGGUCCAGCCCUGAAAGGGGCUCUCUGGAGGAGGCCUUGGCCCCCCUGGCUGAGUUCCUGAUCCUCACGCUGGGGGCGAGAGAAGGUCGUGAGGGGCUCCCUUCCCCAGACAAGCCCGAGGGUGCCACCCUGCUGGCCGCGUUGGUCCGGCAGCUGCUGGGCUUCUUGGCCCUGCGGCUGCGGCGGAAGGAGAGGCGGCGGGGCCGGCGGAGAGGCCCGGGCCGGAGGCUCCGGCCCCAGCGAGGUGUCGCGCGGCACCCGGCGGGAACACCGGCCCAGGCCCCGCCAGAGGAGGCGGGAUGCCCAGGUGGCCUCCCGUUCCCUGCCGACCUCCUAAGCCCCGAGGAUCCGCCCUCCCGCCUCACCCCGGUCCCCCCGGCGGGGCCGGUGCCCGGGGAACCGGAAUGGCGACGGAUGCUGGAUGGGACGUCGUGGAGCAGCCAGAUCCAAGAUCAGAAGCGGCAGGUGGAGCAACAGGAAGGGGAGCUGGGACGGCUGCCGAUGGGAGGGGGGGUGACCGACUCCGAGAAGCGGAUCGAAAACCUGACGGCGGAGAAUGAGGGGCUGAAGCAGAGCCUGAGACUCACCCGGGAGCUGCUGUGGCAGCUGGGGGGUCCCGGGCCCGGAUCCCGCCCUGCCCACCUCCCCCUGCUCCAGGAGGACGCGGCCCCGUGCGCAGAAGCGGGUUGGCGGGCGCGGAGCGUGCCGGAGCAGGAGGAGCGUCUGGGCCGGCUGGAGGAGUGGUUGGCGCUGCUCGGGGGGAGGCAGGAGGAGGCUGCGCGGAGGUUGGAGCUGGGGCUCCAGAGUCUCCGGGAACAACUGGAGGCCCAGGGCCGCCGGGCCUCCCCCACCCAGGACCGGGAGCUCCAGGGGCUGAGGGACCAGCUGGCCUGUCUGGAGCGACGGCUGAAGGCGUCCGAGCGCGGCGGCGACGGGGGGCAGCUGGCGGAGCUGCGGGGCCGCCUGGCUGCCCUGCCUUCCGCCCUGCACGGCCUGCGCCGAGGAUGCCUGGACCUCAGGAGCCUGCUCAGAGACUUCACCCAGAGCUCCAGGGAGGUGCUGAGCCAGGCCCGCGGGCGGAUGGUGCUGUGGGAGGGCCCGCGGGCCCUGGAAGAGCAGCACCAGGCGGAGCAGAGGUUGCGGCGAGACCUCCAGGGGCCACGGCUGGAGCUCAAGGGGAACAUCCGGGUGCUGUGCAGGCUGAAGCCCGGGACUCCAGGAGGCACUGUGAGUGUGGAGCCCGGCCCGGGGGGCAUUAUCACCGCCCAUCACAGGGGCAGGCGACGGCGAUUUUGUCUUGACCGGGUCUUCCCGCCCCAGGCCACACAGGAGGAGGUCUUCCUGGAGCUGGAGCCCACGGUCCUGUCCUGCCUCAGCGGCUACAGCGUCUGCAUUUUCGCCUACGGCCAGACCGGCUCGGGCAAGACCUACACUAUGGAGGGCCCCAGUGAGGACCCGGGCAUCGGCCCGCGGGCCCUACGGGUGCUGUUCCGGGAGCUGGGGGCGGAAGGCGGGCCGGCCCGGCCCCGCGUGCGAGUCAGCAUGGUGGAGAUCUACAAUGAGGUCAUCCGAGACCUGCUGGCCCGGGAGCCGCAGGAGAAGCUGGUGGUCCGGCAACGCCCAGAUGGCAGCGGGCAGCUCCACGUGCCGGGCCUGACCAGCCUCGACGUGCCCAACCUGGAAGAGCUGCACAAGAUGCUGGCUCUCGGGAGGAGCCACCGGGCCACAGCUGCCACCCGAAUGAACGAGCACAGCUCCCGCUCCCACUCACUGCUCACCCUAACGUUCACUGCCGCUCGGCCUCCCCACGGCUCGGGCGCUUCAGGCCUGCUACACCUGGUGGAUCUGGCGGGCUCAGAACGGGUGUGGAAGUCCGGGGCGCAGGGCGUGCGGCUGCGGGAGGCUCGGAGCAUCAACCGGUCCCUCCUGGCACUGGGGGAAGUCAUGGCCGCCCUGCGGGCACGCCGGCCUCACGUGCCCUUCCGCGACUCCCAGCUCACCCGUCUGCUGCAGGGCACGCUGGCCCGCGGCUGCCGGACCCUGAUGCUGGUGCAGAUCUCCACAGAUCCCGAAGACCUGGGAGAGACCGUGUGCUCCCUCAAGUUCGCUGAGCGCGUCGGCCAGGUGGAACUGGGGCCGGCCGUCAAGCACCGGAGCCCCCCCAGCCCGGAAACUCCCCUCAUCCGCACCCCCUCUACCCCUGAAACUCCCCCCACCCAGACCCCCUCUACCCCAGAGACCCCUCCCACCCCGGAGGGCGCUCUGUGGCCCCUGCCCCCUUGAAGGAUUCCCUAUCCCCCCUUCCCCUCCAUUUUGUCACCCCUACAAGGCGUGGUCCUCGGAGUCCACCCAGACCCAAUCCCUGUUGCCCUCUCUCCCCUGGCAUCGGCCCCGCGCUCCUUCCCUUCCUGACUUCUUCCAGAGCCAUGGCUCCUCUCCAUCUCCCCCAGGGCCAGAUGGAAUCAGUGAAAUGGUGGUUGGGGCCUCUGUCGGUCCAGCCUGGGGCUCCCUGUCCUGUCUCCCCUGGAGAGGGCCAAGAAAAUGGAGUGGUGGGUGACCAGCAUCCUCAGGGAGACAGGCUAGGUCACUCUGCAGAAGAGAGCUGAAACCCCAGGGUCCAAACUGGUUGAUUUCCCCCAGGCUGACCCGAAGUCUUCCUUGCUCCUUCCUCACCAGCCGGGGAGCCUAGGUUUGACCUGGCUCCCCCCAUCCCCCAGGAGGUUGGCUUGUCUGGCCUGGGCUCUGUCCUGGCCACCCCCCUCCUGGUCACCAUUUGCUGCUGGUUCUGCCCUUCCUCCUAUUGUGGGGGGGGGGGGGGGCGGGGGUCUGGACUUGGGAGACCAGAGAGCAGGGCUCUGCUGGGAGACUGACCUCAUACCGAGAGACCCCCCCCCAACCAGCCCCAGUCCGACACCUCCCCUCCAAAGCACCAACUCUGGGGGCCAAAGUGUCACAGAUUCCUUUAUUGCCGCUGUCCCUUUCCCUCCAGCCCCCCACUCCAGGGUAGGGGGCUCUGCCCCAUCUCCCCCCUCUCAAAAAAAAGGUGCUGGCUCCCUGCUCCGGGGAGCCCCCGCCCCCCGCACCGCCCGGCGCGGUGGGAGGUGGGGGUGACGAAAUUGAUUGUAUCGGCCCCUCCCCCAGCCAUCCCUGGAGAUCCAGAUAAGGAGGAGGGGGCCCUGUUCGGCAGAUGGUGAUGGAUGGGCAGACCCCUGCUGGGGCUUCCUCCCCCACCCCAACUCCUCCAGGCUCCGGGGCCACCAGGACAAGUGGGAAGGAAGGCUUUGAACCCGCACUGGGGUUCUCCCCCCUGCCCCGUCUCUGUCUCCCCCCCGCACUGGGGCUUCUCAAUAAAUAGAAACAUUAAAUAUU